AUGAGUCUCAGGUGCGUCUACUUGAUCGGCGGUGUGCUGUCGCUGUGGAGCCUUUCCAUCAGCCGAGCCGAGUUCCCUUUGCUUUUCCCGGCCUCCUCCGUUUACCAGAUCACUUCCUCGCUCUCGGUGCCAGUGGUGAUACCAGAUCGCAAACUCUUCUGGGACUGGGGUCUUCAGAUGAACUACGCCUUGCCUGCACAGCCCUCUUCUUUUUACGCAGCCACCAUUUGGCCAGAUGAGUUCUCACGGCGGGGCAAGCGUCAGCUAAGGAAUGAGACGGCAAAGUAUUUGCCGGCAGAAGGAAGAAGAGGAGUGACUUCGAUGCAUCCAAGUGAUUUCACAGCCGGAGAGCUCUACGAGAGUCUGGAAAGCAUGUUGGCCAGGUAUGGUUUCGAUGAGUCUUGCUUGCUGCGCAGUGUUUGCGAAUUGGCAAGACAUCCUUUUAAGGAUACAGAGAACAACAUGCUCACCGCUCUGCUGACCUUUACCCUGACACCAUCUUUGCAUGAAGCCUUCUCCCCUGGAGAAACCAUAUACCGCGAGGUGUACGAGCAGGCCGAGCAACAGGGAUUCCUUGGCGAGGAUUGCUCCCGUCUAUAUGCAAAUUGCCCAAUGGACUUCCUCAGCGGCAUCAGCAGCCUAUUAAGCUAG